AUGAAGAUUGCAAUCAUCGGCGCCGGCAUCUCAGGCCUCUCUCAGUACCUGUGGCUGCGCAAAGUCGGGCUGCUGGAAGACCACUCCGUCACCAUUUACGAAGCUCGAGACACUCAAGAUCGCAAUGGUUCGGCUGCAACGAAUCUUGAGACAUUCAAUGCAUCUGUCAUCGGUGCUAGCAUUGGGCUUUCUUCAACGGGACUACACGUCUUAAAGCGCUUAGACCAGGAAUUGCAUGAUGAGAUUGUGAGAGCUGGGCACGUCAUCAGAAGUUGGCGCAUGUCAAACGCGCGAGGAUGGACAUUAGCUAAAGUGCCAACUGGUGGAGGGAAUGAGAUGAUGGUUAUGGUCGGUCGAGAAGCUUGUUGCCAGAUCCUCAAAGACCACGUCCCCGAUGAAGCGAUUGUGAGGCGUAAGGUGAUAGACGUGAAAUUGGCCGAGGGCAGCAAUAAGCCGAGACUAGUGUUCCAAGACCUAACAGAGGAAACUUUCGAUUUUGUGAUUGCAUGCGAUGGUAUUUGGUCCCGUGCCCGACGAGCGAUGUUCGGUGGGCAGGAUCGCGAUCAAUAUGAGUUUUCCCCUGUGUAUGAGGGCCUUGUGGGAGUCGGAGGAUUCGUCCCCAGUUCGAAGUUGAAAGAUACUCCAGACGGAGAGAUGAAUGUUGUGCUGGGCGGAAAUGGGUUCUUUGGCUACGGCUACACUACUGGACACGCUGAGGAUUCCGCUAAAGCUGGUGAUAUGGCGACCUGGUGGUCAACGUAUACUUUGAACCAGUGCCCCAAGGAUUGGCGACGCAUUGAUACCGAAGAUGUGAAGAGGGAGCUCCAGAAGCGACACCUUGGAUGGCAAAACACGGUUAUUCAAGAAAUCGUUCGAGACGUGGAGGUAGAAUCGCUCUACCCAACCUUCAUAACACCCUUGUUACCAACGUGGGAGAAAGGAGGUUGCGUGCUUGUCGGCGACGCGGCGCAUGCGCUUCAACCAUCCUCUGGCCAGGGCGCUAGCAUGGCAUUAGAAGAUUGCGAGACUCUAGCGCUUCUCCUUCGUCACUACGUACGGAAAGAUCCUGAGGGUGGUAUUGUCAAAGCCAGUAGAGCAUAUUCGGGCCUACGUCGUCCCCGUCUAGAUAUGGUAUUCAAGAAAGCCCAGCAACUUGCUGGGAUGAAGCAAGACAUGAAUAUCAUUCAGGAGAUGGUGAUGUACUUCUUCGUCUGGCUCUUUUCGCGUCUGAAAUUUACGGAAGCUUAUGAGCGCAGACUAAAUGCGUACGAUGUUCCAACGGAGGUAUUGAAGGCAGUCGCACAAGAGGGUUGA